AUGACUAAAUCCAAAAAUAGCAUGGCCCCUCCUAGAUGGACGUCAGUUGAACAAGAGGCUUGGUUGCAACCUUGGUAUGAAAAAUUCAAGGCAAAGCAGGGUGAAAAAAGCAAGAACUACAAGAAUUUCUUUGCCGACCUUUGUGAACAAUGGUUUGAAGAGUUCCCAGAACCAAGGCCAGGUCACAUCACACAGGUAGGACCCCUGACGUUAAUGGAGAUGGGUGCAGCUCAUGAUGCACGUAAGACACCUAGGAGGUUCAAGAUCGGGCAGAAAGGCAAAGGCAAAUACAAUGACAUUACUGAGUGCAAAAAGCCCACGCACAUGCUCCAGGAACAGGAGGCAUACUCAAAACUGUUCUACACAACUCAUGUUCAGCCAACUGUUAAAGGAUCCCUGGAGAAAGCCGCUCAAGAACACAGGACACUUACCAAUGGCAAACACGUCGCUCUUGUGAAGAAGGAGACUGCAAUGUUAUAUGCCCAGGAGUCGCCUGAUAUCAAGGACCAAGUGAAGCAGUAUCUCGAAGACCAGAAGCAGCAGAGAAUCCAAGAUAAGCAAAUCGGACGGAGGCAAAUGUGUGUGGCACCAUAUCACCAACUUACCUCCGCUUCGAAAAGAAACCUCGACAAACUUGUGGCAGUCGCUAACUCAUUCUUGAAAGGGCUGGCAGAAGCAACUGGGAUGUCGUUCUCCCUCCUUGCUGGGGGUCCAUCUCCAGAAGCACUUGGGGCAAUUGAUAUCUAUAGUUUUCAUGUUGGUCAAACAAAGCUAGGUAACAACUUUAGCACCGCAUACCCUGGGUUUGACGCCGGUGUCAUGGAGCCCUUUCAAGACUUUCUACAUCGAGUAUACCCUGAGGCUGGUGUAUCAAGCCCACAACAGCAAGAGGGUAGUAGUGGAACUGGUGGUGACACAAGGGAUUCGUCGUCGCACUUGGAUAUAUAUAAGUCGGGUAGUACCAGCGGUAGCGUCUCUAAUGCCUUGUCCACUGGAGAUAAUCACUCACAAUGGCGCCUUUGCCCACCAUUGCCCCCUUUGCAUGGCACCUGCGAUGACUGGACGCCCCCAGACUUAGAUAUAUUUCUCUCCAAUCUGGAUGUUCAAAUGGGGUUGGAGCCACUAGCUGGUGCAUCUGAAAUCAAUACUCUUACCAUGGUCCCACUUCCCCCUGCAUCACCGUUCACUGCUAGUACUGCCACCCUGCCUCCAGGCACCAGCUCAAGCAUACUGCCCGCCAUCUCUCACACCCCUCAACUGGACACUACUUCCACUCCCCCUCCAGACACCAUCUUGAACACACUGCCCACCAUCUCUCACAUCCCUCCACCGGUCACUACUUCUGGUCACCCUCCAGAUACCAGCUCGAGCGCCGAGUCACUCACUGGCAAACUUCCUCUCUCUUCGACAACUCCUUCCUUUGACAUGGAUCCAUUGGCACCUACCCCAGGAAGCGACCGUCUUGAUGACAUAGACAUCAAUGAUGGACCAGUGCUUGAAACACGCAGGACCAAGCACAUCCCCAAGCCAUCAACACACAACAACACUGCAAACGCGAUCGGUGCCUCUCGGAAGGAAAACAAGCACCCCCAGGCUGAGAUGUCUUCAGACCAUGGAUCUAAGAGGGCGAAAGUGUGA